AUGGCAAACAAAGCUCAAGAGCUCCACCCAUCCGCCACCGCUGUGGAGAAGGACGACUUGGUGAUACCCGUGAGAAGAGUGUCUAGAUUAUCGAUUUUGGCCCAUUUUUCCUCCGGAACGCCCUCCGAUAAACAUGCUGUCGCUCUUGCCAUCACCGACGCAUUCAAGACCUCUGGGUUUCUAUUCCUCAAGGCACAUGGCAUCCCGCCCUCCGUAGUGUCUCGAGUCUUCGCCUCAUCAAGUCGCUUCUUCGCCCGACCCCAAAGUCAAAAGGACGGCUUAGGCUGGACGACUCCACAGUCGAACCGUGGUUAUGUUGCCAUCGGCCGGGAGAAGCUGGCUACCCUGAACGAGACACAAGAGAUCGACACUCGUCGGGAAUCUAUACCCGACCUGAAAGAGACCAUGGAAAUUGGUCGCGAAGGCGUCGACGGCUUGGCAAAUCAAUGGCCAGAUCAUCUUGAUGACGAAGGAAAAGACUUUAAAGAAACUAUGAUUUCCUUCUUCGAGAUGUGCAAGGAUUUGCACAAGCAGAUCAUGCGUGCGAUCGCAUUGGGCAUGAAUUUGCCCGAGCACUUUUUCGAUGAGUUUGUCAAUGAAGGGGAUAAUAAUCUUCGUUUGCUACACUAUCCCGCUGUGCGCAAACAGACCUUCCAGAAUAAUCCGAAUCAGGUUCGGGCUGGGGAACAUAGUGACUAUGGCUCCGUCACGUUGCUGUUCCAAGAUCAGCAUGGUGGUCUGCAGGUGCGCAGCCCUAAAGGAACCUUUGUGGAUGCGACGCCUAUCGCAGAUUCGAUUGUUGUGAAUGCUGGGGACCUUCUGGCGCACCACGAAACUGAGGGUGAUUCACCAGACAUAUAUCCUGCCAGGUACAGCAUCGCUUACUUCUGCAACCCUAAUACCAACAAGGUCAUCGAAGCACUGCCCGGGACCUGGGGAAACGAUAUCCAGGUGACCAAGAAAUACUCCGAAAUCACCGCUGGAGACUAUCUAGUUCAACGAUUGACUGCGACGAUGUAA